CUUAUGUUAGAGAAAGAAUCAAAGAAAGGCAAAACAAAACAAAAAAGGGUUUGUUCUGAGAGUUGAGAGAUCAGAAGAUGGGUUUGAGGAGGAAGAAAGAAGGCAUGGUGAAGGAGUUAUCAUGGUGGGACUGUGAGCCUUUCAUGCACCAUCUUCUCCUCCUCAUUUCUCUCAAGCUUUUCAAGAUGUUGGUGUUCUUAAUAGGACUUCAAAUAAAAAUCUGGAAAACGAUGUGGGACGUCCUUGUGCCUGCCAAACUCACAACAUUCGGAUGGAGAUUAUGCCAAGCCAUUCUAUGUGAGAUUUUCGCAAAUGGAGCCCACUGGUUCGAGUUGGCGAUUCAGCACAUAACCAACGAAGAUUUCAAAUGGCUACUUACCCUCCUAUGGGCACUAUGGAAUUUUAGAAACGGCAACUUGGUGCACGAAAAAGGUCCAAGCAAGAAGAAAAACUCGGAUUUCGACUUCGAAAGACCGAAACGAAUCGUUUUCGCGAGAAGGAUUCGAUGGAAUCCGCCACCACUGGGUGUAUAUAAAGUUAAUUUCGACGGACUCUUUGAUGACCACGGAAAGAAAGGAGGCAUAGGCAUUAUAGUCAGGGACAAUGAAGGCUUCGUGUGGGGAGGUGCGGCCAUCAAAAUAGAUGUGGUAACAGAGGCCAGCACUUGCAAAGCUACGGCGGCGCUCAAGGCAUUGGAGGUGGCGCGUGAAAUGGGGUACCGGCGGGUUAUAUUAGAGAGUGAUUGUGUUGGGAUUUUAAGCAAUUUCUUGACUAAGGACGUUGACCAUGGAUCUCAGUUAAGUUGUAUAGUCUAUGAAGGGAAAAGUGUGAUGGGGACAAUUGAAGAAUGCUAUUUUCACCACAUCGAAAGGGAAGGGAAUCAAGUGGCUAAUUUAAUUGCUAAAUAUAGUUUAGUAAACGAGGAUGAUUUGUUUUGGAAGCUUGAUUAUCCUAAUUUUAUCCAUCAAGCUAUUAUGUCUGAUGCUAUUAAUGUAUAAUUAUGUA